CUCUGCCGUGGCACGUAGUAAGAGAAGUCUGCUCAGCGCAGUUGCGGCCUCGAGUCGUUUCAUUGCAUCGUGUUCCCCUGUUCCUUUUUUCGGUGAAACGUUGCGGAGUCAGUGAACAGUUUGAAAUUCAUAUGAAAAUAAGUGAACCUUAUGAACAGAAACUGAACGUAUAUUCCUUGUGUUUAGAACUUUGAUUUUUGGGUGAAUACUGAUAAAUCAUAGUAUUUCAUCAUGUUCAACGAACGAGGAAUAGGGUACAGCGUUACCCCAGUACCUGAUUUUUCGUUGACGAACAGCCGUGAAGAAGAGGUAGCAAAACUGGAAAGAUAUUUACGCUCGGACCAGAUUUCUAUCACAAGCCCCUCGCAAGUGACAUAUUCCAACGACAUGAACAGAAGUCCAAACACAAACCAUUAUCAAAUGCACAGUAGCACGACGGGAGGCGAUUUGUCGGAAUAUCCUACACUCUCAGCAGCCACACACACUUUGAACAACUAUGGAGUGAACAGUUACGGGCACCACGUCGAACUACAAAACUUGUCUGGGAACCCAUUGUUAGGCAGUCAUAGAAAACAAGAUAACACAUGGGCUUCUCCACUAAGUGAACGAUCUUGCGAUUCUCCAUACCUAACCGGAACCCCUAAUAUGACUCCUAUCCCUGAGUAUGAAACUCUGCCUAUUGAAGAAAAUUCUUUCCAAUUAGGGGCACUUAAGCUUGAUGAACAAGUUACCUUGAGUUACGAUCAACUUUCUUCUCAAUCCGAAGGAGUAAUCAGUUAUAGUAACAAUAAUAAUCAAAACUCAUCUUUUUGCUCCGGCUUGGAUACGUCAUUUUGGCAGUCAUCAAAUUCCCCGUCACCGGGUUUUCAAGGAAAUACAUCAUGGCACUCGGCUACGAGCUCACCGUCUCCUCAGUUGUUUUCAUCUCCAUCGCCAAGCCAGCGAAGCAAUUCGUUGUUCCCAAGAGAUACCACUACUCCUCAGAUGUUAGCUCAAUCCCCUUGGAUCGAAGACGACAGGGACUAUUUCCACGAUGAAACUUUAAAUAUUCCGAAUGAACAGCUCAUAAAUGGCGACAUUUUGAACGUUCAAGAAUUCAUCAACAACGACAGCGCAUUGUUCGCUGGCGAAUCACUAAUUCCCACCGAAGCUCCAUCAAUCGUCCCAGAUCCUCGUUUAUGGACUAGAGAAGAUAUUAAGAAGUUUAUCGUUUGGGCAAGGAAAGAACUGAAACUUUCCUGCAAGGUUAGCGCAUCUCAACUCCCGCCAACUGGAGCUGAGCUUUGUCGUCUAUCAAGAGCAUCUCUCGAGUUGAGAGUGGAUGAGAACGAUGCAAACAUCAUCUCCCAAUACCUGAACUGUCUACUUGGAAAUCAAGGCGCCUCCUUACCCUCGGAGCAAGAAAUCUCCGACCCUUACUCGAAGUAUUCCGAAUCGUGUUUACGCCUCUGCCAACCAGGCUCCAGUCAAGUCCAGUUAUGGCAGUUCUUGCUCGAGCUCCUUGCCGACCCUUCAAACAGAGAUAUCAUCACAUGGGAAAACUUGAACUCGGAGUUCAGAAUCCUGGACCCUGAUGAGGUUGCUCGUCGCUGGGGAAGAAGAAAAUCGAAGCCUCAGAUGAACUAUGACAAGCUCUCUAGAGCCCUGCGUUACUACUACGACCGAGGCCUCAUGUACAAAGUAUCAGGCAAACGCUAUGCCUACAAAGUUGUCUUCCACAAAGUCGAAGAGCUUUACCAGAACCAGCAGGGAUCAGAACCUAAGCCCACACCAGAUUAUAAGUUAUUUUCAGCAUUGUCUUCCUCGUCAUCUCCGUCUUCUUUGAGUCCGAGAAACUACAGAUAAAUUAAAUUCAGGAUAAAUUAAACUUUAAAUUCCAUUUGAAACUGUUGCCUAGCUCAGAAAGUUUUCUCAUGGGCAUAAUGUGAUUCGUGAUAUUUUUGGUGACCUUUUAGAGGCAAUGUUCAAACAAGGCACAAAUUGGUUUACUGAUGUACGUCGAAAGCAACACUACUGUUCGAAAUGCUAAUGUAAAACUUUUCCAAUACUUGUAGUGAUAACUGUGAUUUACCAUUUCAGAAUUGUUAUUUACUAUUUGAAAUCAGGAUGUUUAAAACUGUGCAAUCAUUUAAUUAAUUAUUAGUAUUUUACCAACACAUGACACAACUUUCUCCUUUGAAUGGAUAUAUUUAAAGCUGUUGAAGAUAGUUGCAUGACCCAAUUUACUAGGAUAAGUACAGAUCUCAGGGCGUUGAUGUGCAAAUCAGCGGCAGAUUUCGAGCUACUGUACAUCAUUGACUUCUCGUGAUGUGCGUGGGAGAGUUCACUGGUUAGCUCAUGAAAUUUUAUUACAGGUAACUAGAAAUGGGUCACUCUUCACUAAUGUUCAUUUGCAUCGAAGUGAGCGUUAAGUGCAAGACAGUCCUUUUUAUUCUGCUGCUGGAUCUCGAAGCGCAUGUACCUUAGUAUGUAUAUAUACUGUGAUAUUUCUUAAUUUGUUAGUUUUCGACAUCGUUCUAUUUUAAGGCUAACUUGUUUCCACUUUUUUUUACAAUAAAUUUAC